AUGACGAGCUCAGGAAGAUACCUUCGCAGGGGAGCAUUGGAUGAUGAAGACGCAUCGAAAUUAAAACUCGGUGCCGAGUUUAAUGAUAUGGGUUGCUUGACAAUUUCGGAAGUGAAGCAUUUGCUCGAUGGCCGUACUGGCCAACAAGAUACGCCGGUUUUCAAGAAGACGUCAGAGUACGUUAAUACGUUCACGGUGUUCGGUAGUAAGGAAUCAGCCAUUUCCGUACGAGAAGCAUUAAAGAAAGAUGAGAAAAUGACACAAUUUGAACAAGCUCAGAUUGGUAAUUUAGUCCCCGGGGAUGUUGAUGAAGCUAAAUCAUUAAUACCAAGUCUCUACGAGAACGAUGAGAUGACUUUGCAGACAAUAUUAGAUGAAUUGGAUGCACUACGCAAGAUGCAGUGA